AUGGAUCAUGAAAAACCUCAGGCGGUGAUUCCCCCACAAAUAUUCGAAUUCGAUAUCAAUCAAAGUCGGGCGAGUCCAGAUGUAGAGCCCGAUUACCCUGAAGACCGUCGGGAACGCCGAGGAGAGAGUUUGUGGAGAACACUUGGCGAAAGGCACAUUAACAUGAUAGCAUUUUCUGGGACAAUCGGCAAUGGGCUUUUUCUUGGGAGUGGCAGAUCGUUGGCUGGAGCUGGACCGGGCGGCGCAGUUAUGGCAUACAUUAUCAUGGGUACGGUGGUUUCGUCUGUCAUAUCCUGCUUGGGGGAGAUGACUGCUCUUAUGCCUGUAAAUGCACCGGUAGUAGAGUUCCCUCGGAGAUUCUUGGAUCGUGGUGUUGGUUUUGCUGUUGGGUGGAUGUAUUGGUUUGCAUGGGCUGUCACCGCCGCAGAGGAAUUAGUUGCUGUUUCCGGACUUCUUGGUUUUCAUUAUGAUGAUGGAAGAACUUCCCUAGUAUGGAAGAUUGGUGAAAGUGUCGACACUGCUGUUUGGAUUGGAUUAUUCCUCAUAAUCGUCACUGCUAUCAACAUGUUUCCUGUCAGAUACUUUGGAGAACUUGAAUAUGCCUUUGGUUGCAUAAAGAUCAUCUUUAUUACAAUGCUUAUCGUGUUGAUGCUCGUUCUUGAUACCAUGCAGCCACGCCCCAAUGCGUAUUACACAUCAGCUCCAAACUCUAAAUAUUGGAACUCUCCAUGGGGAUUCUUUAAUCACGUCUAUUCUGUCCGCGAUGAAGGGGGAAACCUACAACGAAAAAUUCAUGGCUCCAAUGGUUCAUUUCUUGGGAUGUGGACAACGAUUAUCAAUGUUAUUUUCUCAUAUACUGGAAUGGACAUCGUAGCUGCAACAGCCGCAGAAUCCAAAUCGCUUGCUAACGCUGAAAGUAUGAAAAUGGCCGCAAGGAAAAUAUCAAUCCGGAUCGUGACUCUUUACACUAUGGCCAUGAUCACAGCAUCUUUCGUAGUACCAUACACCCAUCCUUUCAUCAAUGGAAAGGGUCAAUCGGUUGGUGCACAUUCUAUCUUCGUUAUCGCCGUCGUCGAAGCAGGCCUGCCAGCCAUGGCUCAUUUCUUCAACGCCAUUUUCGCUUUUGCAUCGUUUACUUGCGCCAUCAAUUCAAUGUAUGUGGCUUCAAGGGUUUUACAUACUUUGGCAUUGCAAGACCAAGCUGGACCAGAAUUUAUUGCGAGAAGAUUGAGGCAAACUAGAUCGGGUGUUCCAAUUAAAGCGGUGUUGGCAACGGCUGCUAUGGCCCUCGUGGCUUUUAUGGGCAGGACUGGAACAACCGCAGUUCGUUUAACAGAAUUGGCAUCCAAUUGCACAUCAUCGAUUUUGAUCGUCUACGCCACUAUUUGCGCUACCUAUCUCGGAUUUUUCCGAACACUGGAGGAUACUAAACUUUAUGGACAAGCAUCGGAAAGACAAGCUGCCCACUAUGAUCGCGAUCAUCCACGCUACCCCUAUAAAUCGCACGGUCAAUGGUUAAAAGGUUUCUACGGGAUGACUGCAUGUAUCAUCCUCGUUACUUUCAACGGUGUUGGAGCAUUUCUCGAAAGGCCUUUUGAUCUUCGAAGGUUCAUUGCAAGUUAUAUAUCUAUCCCAGUCUUCGUCCUCCUAAUUAUCGGCUAUAAACUCAAUAAACAUGGACUGAGAGUGAAGAAUUGGGGACCAGAGAGAUCGAAUGAUUUGCGGAAUACGAUUCAGGCGGCGUCGGAGAAGAGGAAGGGUCGUUUGGAGUUUCAGGAUGAGGGGUUGAGUGGGGGGAAUUUGAGGGCGUGGGGGCAUUGGUUGUGGGUUUGGACGAGAUAG